GAUGACUAGCUACGCAUGCGUUUUCCUUUUCCCGCUCUUUCUCAGCCUCGUUUUGAAAGAAGCCAGACCAACUGAGACAGACAUUCUUGUGUUACCCGCCAAAGUUUUCCGUGAGACGUUCGGAACUCUGCAGAGUGACAAAGAGAAGACAGAAAGAACUAAAUGGAAGCGGGAAAACCAUGAGAAGGGCACAAAAAUGCGAUGUAUUUGUCCUUAUAACAAACAAAGCGAAUGCGCAUGCGUAAAGGUAGAGACAGAGCUGAGUCGAUAUCCAGCAAAAAGGGAUAGACCUCAAAGAAUGAUACCUCUUGUUGAUGAAAGAAGCCAAGGAACGUGGUCUGUUUCCAAUCAAAUGUCACGUGAAAGACAGGAAGUGCCAGAGAUAAUUCGAAGUCAGUUUCCGGGUAGCAUCAUCACAAUGUUUUACAACCUCGCGCAGAACAACACAGCGCAAAGAUCCGCCGCCAUUGAGGAGGCCAGACGAAUUCAGCGUUUUAAAACAGAAGGUUAAUCUAAAUGUGACAGACGUUACAACCCGGAACAUUAAUGGAAGAAAAAAGAGAUUUAAAAUGAAACAUGUCACCAACAGCAUAAAAAGAGGAAAAAUAUACUUGUAAAGAAGUCA